UGCGAGCUUAUUUACGGAAGUGGACAGAUAUCGAGUCAUUUUGUGAUACAAGCGUUGUUUUUUUCUGUUAACGACCUGGGUAUAGAUCUGCUUAGUAUUAAAUUCUGUUUCAAACGAAUGUCCAGUCGGUCCUCUGCGGCUGAGCUGGAAUCAGUACCAUGUUUAGCCGCUGUCUCGCUUAGGAGCUCGUCUGAUCAUAUUUCUGGGCGUCUUCAAAGACAUUAGCAUCUACUAACUAGCUCGGUUAGCUUUAGCUUGUAUUGUGUGACAAACGCUGAUUAAAGCUCAUUUAGCUAGCGUGCUAACCUGGCAUGGGCGCGGAGCAGAGCGGGGAUGCGGAACACAAACACCUCAACCACAGCUCGUCGGCGGCUCCGUCCCCAGCUAAGCACAAAGCGAAGAUGGAUGAUAUUGUGGUAGUAGCUCCGGGGACUCAGUCUCUGAGGAGCAUCCACAACGACCCUGACGUCAUCAAGCUGCAGGAGAUCCCCACAUUUCAGCCGCUCCUGAAAGGAGUGCUGAGCGGCCAGACGACACCCAGCAGCAUUUGUCUCGAGAGGCUGGACUCGGCUCAGGUUCUGCAGCUCUGCGUCCGAUACCAGGACCACCUGUACCAGUGUGCAGAGGCCGUGGCCUUCGACCAGAACGCCCUCGUCAAGAGGAUCAAAGAGAUGGACCUGUCGGUGGAAGCCUUGUUCAUCAUCAUGCAGGAGCGCCAGAAACGCUACGCCAAGUACGCCGAGCAGAUCCAGAAGGUCAACGAGAUGUCCAUGAUCCUGCGGCGCAUCCAGAUGGGAAUCGACCAGACGGUGCCGCUGAUGGAGCGCCUCAACAACCUGCUGCCCGAGAGCGAGCGCCUGGAGCCGUUCAGCAUGAGGCCUGACGGGGAGCCUGCCUCCAAGUAGCCAAUCAGGGACCACA